UACAAGAUGGAAAACUCAAGUGCCAGUCCUCUGGAUGUGUCUAACUCUACACUAUGGAACUACAGAGAAAACUUCACAGAAGGGUCACCCCUGAAUCCUAAUGACACAUAUACCAUCAUUGGAGAUGACAGGACAGAUUCAAGUAGCAUGAUUGCAAUGCUUCAGGGGGUUCUGCCAGAGACACUAGCCACCUCUACACCUUUCUGGGAUAGCCCACUGAACUAUGGGCUCAGUGUGUUUGUUGGAGUGGCUCUGUGUGUGACAAUGCUAGGCUUGGGCUGCACUGUGGAAGUAAGUCAGAUAGGAGAACAUCUGAGAAGACCCAUUGGGGUCCUCCUGGCCCUCAUCAGUCAGUUUGUCCUUAUGCCAUUGAUGGCUUUCCUCCUGGCUUUGAUCUUCAAGCUCAAUGAAGUAGCAGCUGUUGCUGUUCUACUGUGUGGCUGCUGCCCUGGAGGAAACCUCUCCAACAUCAUGUCACUUCUUGUGAAUGGAGACAUGAAUCUCAGUAUCAUUAUGACCACAUCUUCUACACUCCUGGCGCUGCUCUUGAUGCCGCUCUGCCUGUGGAUUUACAGUCGUCCAUGGAUUAACACUCCACUUGUGCAAUUUCUACCACUCGGGGCUGUGACCCUGACCCUCUGUAGUACUCUCCUGCCUAUUGGCUUGGGGGUAUUUGUACGUUACCGAUACAGCAGGAUCGCUGACAUUCUACUUAAGGUGUCCCUCUGGUCUCUACUGGUCUCCUUGGUCCUUCUAUUUAUCCUUACUGGGGCAAUGCUGGGACCCGAGCUUCUGGCUACCAUCCCUCCCUCUGUGUACAUUGUAGCAGUGAUCAUGCCUAUGAUAGGCUACUCAAUGGGAUAUGGACUGGCCACAUUAUUCAAGCUUUCCCCCAACUGCAGAAGAACUGUGUCUCUGGAAACAGGAUGUCAGAACGUUCAGCUUUGCACUGCUCUUCUGAAGCUCGCCUUCCCGGCACAUCUCAUCGGAAGCAUGUACAUGUUUCCACUGCUAUACGCACUAUUCCAGGCCGCUGAGGCAGGAAUAUAUGUCUUAGUGUAUAAACUGUACCGAAAGGAAGUUCUCCACAAGCCAGAACCUAUGGAUGAAGAUGAGGACACAGAUAUUUCAUAUAAAAAGCUAAAGGAAGAAGAGAUUAAUGAAAUAUCCUAUGGGACAGUGACCUCACAAGACCAAAAUUAUGCAGUCACGGAGCCUCCAUCACAACUGCACUAGUCUUACUUGACAUUUUACAUGUCUGCAGUCAUGUUUACAUCAAAGUUCAUAGUUGCCAAGACAUUCAUUGGUGGAUAUACCGUAAUUACAUUUAUCUACAGUAAAAUUCCUUUAAAGGGGUUAUCCGGGUUAUUUUUUUGU